AACAUUGUAUAGCAUAUAUCAUUUUUAUUUAGUAAGAACGAGGUCCUCCAGCAGCAGCUAUUAUUAUCGACAACACUAUUUAAUAAAAAAUGAAUGUCAAUAAGUGCCAAAGUUUUUCUCAAUUUCUAAUUAUUUUUGGUUGUUUUGACUGAUUCUAUAUGGAUUGUGUGCAAAAUUUUGAACUCAAGAAUAAAACACAUUUAAUGGCAUGAACUUGGAAAACCGUUAUUCGGUCAGCGCAUCUCUAUUCAUGUUGAACGAAAUAAAGAACAGACAUCAAAACGUGAGGAAAGCGCAUCAACUGUUGAAGAGGCAAGCAGAUGCUCUUCGAAGCAGAUUGCGGCAAGUUGCUUUAGAGCUGUGUGCCACCCAAGCACUGGUCAGCCAUGCUAUGAAGGAAGCUUAUAUCGCGCUAGCAGCAGUUAAAUUUACGAAUGGAGAAUCGAAUGCGUUUAUUCUUGAAAAUGUUGCCAAGGCACAAGUUCGUGUUCAGCGCACUCAAGAAAAUAUAGCGGGAGUACCGACAAUGUCAUUACGAGCAGUUGAAGUCCCCUACGUUGGGGACGUCCUGAAGUAUUCCGGCCUUGCGGCUGGUGGACAUCGCACGAGCGAAGCAAAAAAGUCUUUCAGAAAUGCCGUAACGGUAUUAUUGAAAUUUGCAACUUUGAGGAGCACUUGUGGAAUCUUGAAUAACGCUCUACAGUCUACGCAAAGAAAAGUGAAUGGGAUUGAAAAAGUUAUAAUGCCCAAGUUGCUGAACACUGAAAUUUACAUUACGAAAGAACUUGACGAAAGAGAAAGAGAGGAAUUUUAUAGACUAAAAAUGGUAAAAGCAAAGAAAAGAAUAAUAAAAUUGUCUGAAUUGAGGAACCGUCAAAAAGGUUUAUAUUCUUCAGAAAAAACUUUGUCUACAUCAGUAUCGGUAAUAUCAGAGACCAGUAUAUUUAUUAAUCUAUGGUAAUAUCUACCAAAUGUUCCGUUAUAAGCGAUCAGUCUUCAUAUUAUUCUUGGGAAUGGUCAUCAUUGGAGUCAAGUUGUUCACAAAACUCA